AUGUCCACACUCGCUGCGGACGAGCAUGAGGGUGAAGGACGUGCUGAUACAAACCGACAUGCCUCCACCCAAAGCAACGUGCCGACAGAGCAGAGCCUUUUGCCUCAAGGCGACGAGAGUGUGCCCCCAACUUGCACGAACUGCUUCACUCAAACAACCCCAUUGUGGCGGCGCAAUCCUGAGAGUCAACCUCUUCGCAAUGCCUGCGGCUUGUUCCUGAAGCUUCAUGGGGUCGUCAGACCGCUCUCGUUGAAGACGGAUGUCAUCAAGAAGCGAAGACUUGGCUCUGGUGCCAGCACGCCAGUUGGGGGAACCCGAAUAUUAUCUGCUGGGACAACUGCCAACAUACAUGAGCCUUCGAAUGCUGUAACAACGAACACCAUGAGAGACUCAACUUCGUCAUGGGGUGCAUGGAGCGAACCUGCGGAAGAAAACCCUGUUUCCAGCACACCGCCAACAAGCUACUAUGACAAUGCUAGUUCUCCAAGCAGCCUCAAGGGCGUUGUGCCCAUCGCCGCGGCUCCUCCACAUCCAGCGAAAAAGGCAUUUAAUAAAGAUAGUUGA